GGAGUCCCCAAAAGAGGCAGCCUCUUCAAACCCGCCUGCCUGGCUCCACCCGGCAGGGCUGAGAGUGUCCACUGGAACUCACUGUCAUCCAGAGCUCUCGCCUCAGCUCCUUGUUGAGAGAACCCUGUUUCUAUAAGGCCAGCAUGAAGGAGAAGGAGGGACGCCCCAAUCCUAACCCUUCAUCUGCCAGGGGAGAUGUAGGCGCCAGCACAGGGCCAGGGUGCAGAGCUCUGACUCAACUUCCAGCUGGGAGGAGACACCAGGUUGCAUCACGUGUCCUCCCUUCGCCCAGGUCUGGAUCCAGCUUCCCCAUGGUCCUGCCCUUCCCAAGGGCUCACCGCCAUGGAGGGGCCCUUCCUAUCGCCACAGCAACCCCGUCCCCUCAUCUCUCUCCUGGGACACACUGAGCCCUCAGUCCAGCAGGGCUCCUCAGCCAGGCUGGCCUGAGACAUGGGGUGGGCAGGAGGGGACGUGUGGGAUGACGGCUGUGCAGGCAGAGAAAGUCCUCGAGGAUUCGUUUGUGGAGGAUCUGGUGUUUGGACUCUGUGACUUGGCCAGUGGUUUGUGACGCUGGUUUGAGGUGCAGGGAAGGAAAUACCUAUUGGCUGCAUUGAAAUCUGAACCAGCUGGAGCUGGGCAGAUGCAGCUGGUCUCAAGGUCACAGCUCAGCCAAAGGCAGGGAAGGUGGGGACCUGACCAGAGCCUGGGGGUACGUGACCUUUCCCCGCCGGCCCGUGGGGCCAAGCUUCCCUGAUCCCUGAAAGAAAUACAGGCCAUGCGUGCUUUCGCGUGUAUGGUGUACCCACCACACAGGGUCUUUGAAAGCCGGGCUAUGAGCCCUCCAGGGCGGCCACCCCUCCACCCUGCCCCCUGGCCCAGCCUUCCUCCGACUGGGACACGCCCAGCAGGGGUGACUCAGGGUCCUGCACUUAGUCACGUUCACUUAUAGCUGCAGACUCAGCGCAAGGGAUGGGGAUCGGUCUCCAGGGCCCACCCCUGCCCGGCAGGACCCUGAGUCGCCUGGCACCGGCCCCCACGCCACUCCCCACAAGGACAGCCAGGGGAGAGAGGCAGCCACGCGCGUGGCCUCACCCCGGGGACAGAGAAGACUGCCUGCGGCUGAGGACCUGCAUAAGCUACACGUGUGCUGGACUUGACAUGGGGGACACCGUCCAGGCUGAAGCAGGCCUGGCCUGUGUUUCUUUCAUUUAAAGAAUUGAUUUAUUGUGAAAACUUGUGUAGCCGCCACCCAGGACAGGAAACGAGACCUCAGAAAUGCUCCUGAAACUCUGCUCGCGGCAGCCACAUCCUGGCUUCCUCCGGGUCUCGCCACCUGGGGACGCCCCUGGGAUCAGAGAGCCGGCCACUGACUGCGUCUGCAUUGGAUGUGGGUGGGAUGACGGCGUGGUGCUUGGUGGGUGCAGACUCUCUCACAGUCGCCUACGCACCGCCCGCCGGGGCAGCGCUCUCCGAGCUGCCAGCUGUGGCGCAUGAUCCUGUGGGGACGGUUCCUGCAGGGCGGUCUCCCGAGAGCCUCGGGCUGGCACCGCGGGGCGUGGAGUGUGCACUGUGCUCUGCCACGUUUUCCAAAGGGGAUCCCUCCGUCCACACGCCCAGCAGCAGUAAGAGCUCUGGUCUCCGUCUCCCUGACCCUAGUGCUGUCCGGAUUUAGAUGGUCACCAAUCUGGCAUGUUAGGGAUGAAUGAACCAGGGACUACAAAUAUGUACCUGCCUCAUUUCCUCCACUGCCAAUGCCCACGCCAGGCCCUGCUUUGAAGUAUCUAGAAGGUUCCGAGUGCUGGCUUCCUCCAUGGUCCUUCCCACACUUGCCUUACUGACAUGAACCACCCCAGGGCUGGGGGUCUGUCAGCGGCGCUGUGAUAGGUGGGGCAACGGAGGCCCCAAGAGGGUCCUGCCAGCAUCUCAGAGAGCCAGUAACAGGGCCCUGGACCCCCUUCCUGGGAUCCCUUUGCUGAGAGACCCACCUUGGCACCCCAACUCCUCCCUCGCUAGGGCCCUCGGCAACGUACAACACAAGGGAGACCCCCGGGAAUGGGGGGGCGGGGGCAUGGCUCCCAGGGGAGGCUAUUUCUGGCAGUCUGGGCCCCAGCCCCAGGCUCCGGGGCCUGGCCACACGUGACCCCCAGGAGGCCAAGGCGGCCUGAGCUGGGUUCACCCUCCAGAUGGAAGCUCUUGUUGCCACUGCCCUGACCCCUGGCACCAGCCACUGCCAGCGUCCUAUCUCACCCAUCUGUGCCUUCCUCCCAUCUGGGCACCAGCACCCUGGCUGCUGGGAGCCAACCCGGGUGAUGGACGACACAGUGCCCUCUCAAGGGACCCUCCGUCCCUCCCCCAGAGCUAUUCCUGGCCGAGGCGCCUCCCCACUCCCAGCCCCCACCUGGCCUGACCCCACAGCUGGGAACCAUUUGGCCGGGGGUGGGGCAGCCCUGCCUAUAUAAGCCUGGUCCUAGGUGUCUCAGGCACCCUGGAGGCCCAGACCCUCCACAGCUGACCUCUGCACACUCAGCCUGACCACAGCCAGCCCGGCAAUGACAGCGACCUCGCAGGCCCCUGACUAUGGUCCGGAGGAGCCCGCCUCCGAGGUGCCCAUGGUGCCCACAGAGCCCUCGGGAGAAGGGGCAGCAUCGAAGGCCUCAGGGCAGGAGCAGCCUCCCGCAGCAACCACUGAGGCUCCUGCCCCCGCAGCCUCGCAGGCCCCUGACCAUGGUCCAGAGGAGCCAGCCUCAGAGGUGCCCACGGAGCCCACGGUGCCCACGGAGCCCUCAGGAGAAGGGGCAGCAUCGGAGGCCAUGGGGGAGGAGCAGGCUCCCACGGCAACCCCUGAGGCACCUGCCCCCGAAGCCACUACACCUGCACCUCGAAGUGAAGACGUGCCCAGUGUCCCGCUGCAGCUGACCAUCGAGGACGUGAGCGACUGCUCGGUGACCGUGAGCUGGGAGCCUCCGGAGAGGCUGGGGAGUCAGGGCCUCCAGGGCUACCUGCUGGAGCUCCGCAAGGAGGGAGCCUCGGAAUGGGUGCCCGUGAAUGCCCGGCCCAUGAUGGUGACCCAGCAGACCGUGCGGAAACUGGCCCCGGGAGACAAGUUCUUCUUGCGCGUGGCUGCUGUUAACCCUGCGGGAGCCGGCCCCCCCGCAACGCUGGACCAGCCCAUCCACAUCCGGGAGAUCAUCGAGGCACCCAAGAUCCGUGUGCCCCGCCACCUGCGUCAGACCUACAUCCGCCAGGUGGGAGAGAUGGUCAACCUGCAGAUUCCCUUCCAGGGGAAUCCCAAGCCUCAAGUCUCGUGGACCCACAACGGCCAAGCUUUGGACAGCAAGAGAGUGAGCGUGCGCACCGGGGACCAGGACUCCAUCCUCUUCAUCCGCUCAGCCCAGCGCUCAGACUCAGGCUGCUAUGAGCUCACUGUGAGGCUGGAAAGCCUGGAGGCCCGGGCAGCCAUCAACAUCCUGGUCAUUGAGAAGCCCAACCCGCCCAGCAGCAUCCGGCUAGUGGACGUCUGGGGCUGCAAUGUGGCCCUCGAGUGGACGCCGCCCCAGGACACCGGCAACACUGAGCUUCUGGGCUACACGGUGCAGAAGGCUGACAAGAAGACGGAGCAAUGGUUCACCGUGCUGGAACGCUACCAUCCGACCACCUGCACCAUCUCCGACCUCAUCGUGGGCAACUCGUACUCCUUCCGGGUCUUUUCGGAAAACCUAUGUGGACUCAGUGACUCACCCGCCAUCACCAAGGAGCUGGCCCACAUCCGGAAGAUAGAUAUUGUUGCCAAACUUAAAGGGUUUGUUGAGAGAGACUUCUCAGAAGCCCCUUCCUUCACCCAGCCCCUGGCUGACCACACCACCACCUCCGGCUACAGCACCCAGCUCUCCUGCAGCGUGCGAGCGUCACCCAAGCCCAAGAUCAUCUGGAUGAAGAACAACAUGAACAUCCAGGGGGACCCCAAAUACCGCACCUUCUCUGAGCAAGGCGUCUACACCCUGGAGAUCCGGAAACCCAGCCCCUUUGAUUCCGGGGUCUACACCUGCAAGGCCGUCAACAUGCUGGGGGAGGCGUCUGUGGACUGCCGGCUGGAGGUCAAAGCCUUAGCCACACACUGAGGAGCACCGAGGAGGCUGUGAUGGAGACACAGGUGCUGUGGGCCUGAGGGGUCAGGGCCGCCAGGCCCAUAUCCGACGCCAUGAGUCUCCAGACCCCUCUGUUGUGAUGACGGACGGACAGCUCUGCUCCCUGGCACCAGCCUCACCUCCCUCCACCCGAGGCUGCAGCCCAGUGCCCAGGAGUGGGCCUGGCAGCCCCCAGGACAGGCUUACUGGGCACAAGGGCCCUGGACGGUGCCAAAAUUGCUGUGCCCUGCAAAGAGCUGCAUGCUGGGCAAGAAACAGUCCAAUAAAGGUGCAUGUGUACCAUC